AUGGCGCCACGGUACGGGGAGCCCGAAUCAAGCCCCUUGUUCUGCACCCCUCUUUCCGAGGGAGCAGUGUGGUCUCGGGAGCCCCCGGACCUUAAAAAAGAACAAAGGAGUCGGCAAGCUCGAGGAGUGCACCUCGGCUUGUCCGCUCCACCACACUGCAACCCGGAACUUCAGGAACUGUCUUGCCAGCUGGAUCAACUGAGAACUAAGCUACAAGAGGAACUUCAUCAAGCCAAGAACAACUAUAGCCUUCUUCAAGUGGACCUUGAGAAAAUACGAUUGGAGAAAGAGCAAUUGGGAAAAAAUGCCAGUGACUUUACACUGAAAUUAAAGGCAGCAGAUCAGGCAAUGGAAACAAUGCAGUUGAAGGAAAAUGAGCUCAGAAGAAACUUUGAGGAAGUAAAGCAGCAAAACAGUCUCCUCAGCAGACAAUCUGGUCAACAGUCACAAGAAAUCUGCCAGUUCAAAGAAGACCUUCAUACGGCCAAACAACUUCUGCAGCAAAAUCAGAGUCUUGGUGAAGAAAUGAAAAGUCAAAAGUGGUCUUUGGAAAGAGAGUUGCAAGUUCUUAAAGACAAAUUGAACAAUCAGGACGAGUCUCUAGAGAAGAUGCAGCGAGCUGUUUUUGACCUGGAAAAACAACGAGAUUCUCUCCAGCAGCUCCUGCAACAUAAAGAAAACACCAUUGAAAAACUCAGCAUAAAACUGAAAGAUCUAGAAAGUCUGGAGAGCAUCCUUGCUGAAUGUGAAAGUCUUAAAAAAGAGGUUGAGAUUCUUUCCCUGUGGAAAACAGAAAAUGAACAACUUCUAGACCAGUUUCGUUUAGAAAAAGAAGGGCUGAUGAGCAAAAUGUACAGUUUAGAAAAUGCUUUAAUGAUGGAACAGAUUAAAAGUAAUGACAGAGUAACCGUUGUAGAAGCUGAAAAUGAACACCUAAUCACGGAGAUGAAAAAGCUCAGAUGUGUGGCCGAAGAAAAAAGCACUGAGCUAGAGGCACAAAUAAUAGCUUACUCUGAGCUCCAGCAAAAAACCAUCACUUCUGAAGAAAAAUAUCAGAAAGAGAGAGAAAACAAUUCCCUGAAACUAGCUGAGUUGACCAAACAGGUGAAUAUCCUGCAACAAAUGCUACAGUCGGCAGCAAAUGAAGCAUUAGAAAAGGAAAAAUGUAUUUCCUCACUUGAAACCUCAUUGGCUUCCCACACGCAGUUAAACGCUUCCUUUCAAAAGCAAUUUGAAGAAUUAAUACAAGUCAGAGAUGAAAUGGAAAGGAAAUUGGCUGAAGCGGAGCUGAAGCAUGAAGGCUUUGUGAGGGAAUCUGAAGAGCAUAUCAGUAAGUUACGAGCGGCUCUUUCUGAAAAAGAGGGCUUGGUCGCCAAAGCUUCAGCUGCCCUUGAAGAGAAAGACAAGCAGUUGCAAUUUUUGAUCAAAGAGUCUAAAAGACAAGAAACAGAGAUUCAAGAUUUAAAGGUCAGCAAUGAGAUGCUUGAGGAUUCAGUACAGCAGCUAAAAGUUAUUCCUCGAACAGCAAGCUACCAGGAGCCAGAUUUAUCUGCUGCAGCAUCAUUAAGUGAAAAAGAAACUGAAGGUCUUAAGGACAAAAACGUCUUCAUUUCAAGCGCUAUUGAUACUUCAGAACAGAAACAUGUAAACUUAAUGGGAAUAAAUCUGCAGUUUUCCAAUAAUUCGAAAGACCAAGAUGAAAACCUCUCAGAGCUGUCAGAAAGGCAUAGAGAGAAGACGAAAGAAGGAUUGGAAAGGAAAUACACAUUGCUGGAAGCAAACAACAACAACUUAGAAUGCUCUUUAAGGGCACACGCUUGUCACUUUGAAGUAGAAAAGGCUGAAUUUGAAUACCGAGAGAAACAGCUCAUGAACGAACAUGAGAAACUUCAAUGUCAGCUCUUGUCCUUGGAGGAAAAAAACAAAAUUUUGCUGAGGCAGCUUGAAAAAAUGCAGGUGGUUCUUGAAGAGGCUGAGGUUGUUCCUGACCUAAAUUUUCUGUCACCUGAGCCUGAUAGUUUAGAAUCAAAAAGUUCAAGACAGAAUACAAUGCACCAACAUUAUAAUACCUUGCUGCAAGAGAAUAAGCAAUUGAUCGAGGAGAUGAAAAUAAGGAACAAACACGCAAGAGGUGGCCCUUCUUUAAAUAAGGUUUCAUUGGAACAGCUGAGAAUAUCUGUGAAAGAAAAAGAAGAUGAACUUGAUAAAUAUCAAGUUAAGCUUGAGCUACUUCAGAUGGACCUUGAGGAUAAAGAAGUCUCUGUAGAAAACUAUGCUGACCAGGUAAAGCAACUGGAGACUGCGCUGAGAACAAUGGAAACAAAAAUUGAGGAAAAUGAAAGGGAAAAAGAGGGGCUAAAGCAAGAAAUCCAAACCCUAAAAGAACUGGGAAAUUUCUCUUUAGAGAUUGCACAGAGGGAUGGGAAUGGCCAAUCAACAGCUGUUUUCAAUGCCGUUACCAAGGACAACUUUAACCAGCAAAUAGAUGCCAAGUGUUCGUCAGUUCCUCAUGAUACAAUGCCCAGCCAAAAUGAUUAUGUCCAAUUAGUAUCCUCCCUUCACAUGACAAUGAGCAAGCUAAAUGAGUUGGAGAAAAUGUGUGAACACCUGCAAACUGAAAAGUCAACAUUAGCAUCACAGCUGAAGGACUCACAAUUGGAAUGUGUCAUAGGCACAGACACUGUGGUUGAAGAACUCAUGAGCAAAAUUAACAUGGUAAAAGGAGAGCAUGCUGCUUUCUCUGAUGGAUUGGACCAGAGUGAAAUGGAAGCACAGUCUGAUUGUGAGAAAAUGAACUUUGUGGAUUUGGAAUGUUGCACUGAACUCAACUAUGAAGAUUUUAAAUUAACUAAUGAAGCAAUUAAAGCACACGUUGAUGGCGUAAAGGAAAAAAUAUUGUCAAUGAAAAAUCAGUACGAAUGCUUGCAUGAGCAGAAUAUGAAUAUGGCUUCCAAAUUAUCAGAGUUGCAGGGCAGUAUUGAAAUGCUCAAGAAAGAAAACACUGCACUCUCAACAAGUCUCAACCAAGCUGAUACCAUUUCAUUCAUAACACAGGUGACUCCUAGCCAUAUUGAUAAGGAGUUUUUGUUGGAUGGGACACUUUGCCUAUGUUCUUUAUGUCAGAGUAGUACGGCAAGUCUCACAGAAUCUAACGUUGACAGUGAUCAUUAUAGACCUCCAAAUGCAAUAACCAAACACAACAGCAAUAACAAACAAAGUGACCUGGAAAGUACCCCUGACCAUCACCGUUCCAUUACAGAGCUGCGUGAUGGUGACGUGUUGGUCCACAUCAUCAAGCAGGGGCAUGCCGCGACUGAAAAGUCCAGUCCAAAAAAUAAAAUUGAACAUCUCAUGCUAUGUGAGGCCUACAACAAGUCCUUCAGGAGGCUCGAAGAAUCUUUUGAGGCCCGUAAAAAUCUGGAGGAUGAAGAGAUACAGAAGAUUCAGCAGCUGCUCCUUUCAGCCAGGGAGGAAGUGGAUUGCCUCAGACAGCAAAAUGUAUUGGACAGUGAACAGUGGCAGCAAAAGCUGCAUCAUGUGAUCCUGGAGGUGGUGUCUAAACUGCCAGCUAAGCAGAAUGACUUUGAGCUCUUGCCUCAAGUAUUGGAAGAACCAAGGCGCCAGUCUCAAGACCUGAAUUCCAGUUCUCAGCCACUGCUUUGUGGUGGCACCGAACAUCAAGUUUAGUUGCCUGCUGAACAAACAAACGAUCCCUUGAGCCAAGUGGAAACGUAUGACUUGACCAGUGAAAGUGUGACAUUUGAAGCUGUGCAUGGUGUAGCAAAGGAAAGAAAGGAUGAAGCAAACAGAAUGGAAGGCAAGAGGCCUGAUUGUGAAGUAGUCUUAGGUGUCGGAUCUACAGAAGGCUGCUUUGAGGCCUCAGUUAGAGAAUCCAGAAGGGUGUCAGAUGAAUCCACAAGCCCUUCACAGAGUCCUGCUGUGAUACUUCCUUAUCGUAACAGCAGAAAUACAGUUCCUGCAACCAUCCAUGAAAAUGACAAGUUUAAUGAAAGAUCUCCACUGCAGAUAAAUGAUACUUGUACUCUGAAGUCUAAGCUGUCCCAUGGUAUGGCUGAAAGCAAUAAGGCCUUUGAUACUCUGGUAAUGGAAGUCCAAAAUUUAAACUCAAGAGUGGAUGCACGGGAUAAAGAGCUGGCUGUGAAGAGAGCUGCUUGUGAAGAGCUGGAGAAAACAGUUACAGAGCUUGAAAAAGAAAAGCGAGACUUAAGCGAGACCCUUAAAUCUGUUACUUUUGAUCAUCAACAGUUAUCUUAUAACUUUUUGAGUAUGGAAAUAGAACUUAACAAGGUAAAAUCUGAUCUGGAAAUAUACAAGGUUAGGCUGUCUGAUACAAGAGAGACUCUAGAAGACUUAGAGGUGACCAAAUCAGACUGGAACGAGAAGCUUCUUGAAGCUGAAAAUGAGCUGAGGAGGAUAAAGGCGGAGAGAGAGAACAUUGAGAGUCAUGCCCUAUCUAUGGAGGCAGAUAUUGAAGAGCUUCAGUCAAAGAAAGAGCAGUUAAAAAAAGAAAAUGAAAAUAAACUGAAAACCAUUUUUGGCCUUCAGGAACAGCUCCAUAUAAUCACAGCUGAAAGAAACCAAUUUAGUCAAGAUCUGAGUGCUUUGUCGAAGGAUAAAGAAGAACUGAACCACGUGUGCCAAAAGUUGCAGGGCAGAAUAAAAGAUCUCGAGUCAAGUCAAAUGGAUUCUACUGAAUUUAUCAGAGUAUUGGAAAGUGAAGCGAAGGCCCACACAAAAUUGCUUCAAACUGCAAAAGAUGAUAUUGCUCAGUUAUCAGCAGAAAAGGAUUGCCUGAUGCUGCAGUUACAGAAUUUUGAAAAGGUUGCAAGCGAUCUUAUGUUAGAAAAAGAGACUGCCCAAAGCCAGAUAGAGCACCUCAGUGAAGAAAAAGAAGCAAUCCUUAGGGAAUAUGAAACUUUACAAGCCCAUUUGAAUGACUCUGAAACAGAAAUCUCCAAGAUCUCCAAGUCUUUGGAAGGCUCACUUAUAGAAAAAGGUGAACUGUCGGCUAGACUAAAUUCUGCACAAGAAGAAGUGGAUCAGCUGCGACAUGGCAUUGAGAAGCUCAAAAUCAAAAUAGAAUCUGAUGAAAAGAAAAGAUGUCGCCUUGUUGAAAAACUGAAAGAGAAUGCACGGAAAGCUGACUCUCUUGUAGACAAAAUCGAAACUCUUGAAAGGGAAUUGCAGCUGUCAGAAGAGAAUUUGGAAGAUGCGAUUCUUCAGGCAGAGACAGCCAAGGAAGAGAAGGAAAUAGCAGACACAGAGCUGGAAAAGAUGCAUGCGAAUCUUGGGGAGCUAGAAGCUGAAAUGAAUUUCUUAAAGUCUGAGAAAGAACAGCUAAAGAGAGAACUGGAAGAAGAGCAGGAAAGGGCAUCUCAUUUGGAACGUGGUAAUUCUAUGCUUGUGAAAGAAUUGAAAGAAAAAGUACAAAUGAAAAGCGAAUAUGAAAAUGCACUGAUGUCCAUACAGUCUGAGCUCAAACAGGCCAGAGAAGAAACGGAAGUUUCUCAGAGCAAGCAAGAAAUGUAUAAGGCAAAAGAACAGGAUCUGAUGAAUGAAAUAACUUCCUUCAAACGUGAGAACACGCAGUUGGCUUAUCACCUGCAGCAAGCAAAAUGCAAACAUUCUGAAGCAGAGAAAUUGAUGGGAGCCCUUGUUCAAGAACUCCAAGACAUCAGACGACAGCUGGCUGAAAAUGAUUCCUUCCUUGAGCAGCUGCCAGGAAAUGAAGCUUUGCAACUUCCCCUUGAUGAUCCACAAGCCUCUUGCGAGGAUCCUGAGGAGGAGCAGGGAAGCACAGCAUCUGAAACGGCAGGCUAUCAUAGGCUAAUAGAGCAGCUCAACAUUGGAAAAAAUGUUCUCUGUCCUAAAGUUCGACAAUGGAUGAGAUACCUUAGAGAGUUAAAGCAGGAAAGAGAACAAAUGGUGAAGCAGAUGCAUGAACUCAAGGUUCAGCUGAACAGGCCAGAUACAAAAGAAAUACUGCUUGAGCUGGAAGGACUGAGGGAAUCCAUUGAAGAGAAAACUAGAGAAGCAGAUGAGAACUUGGAGAAGUAUUGUGCUCUGAUCAUUAAUCACCAUAAACUAGAAGAAGAAAAUGAGAUGCUGAGGACACAAAUCUCUCUCCUGAACACUCAGCUCAAGCAGUCAUCACCCAGCGCUGCUGUCAGUUGUCUUUGGCAAAGUCACGGAAGCCCAACAAAACCUAGUGGAUUUGUCGAUGUUACUCCAGGAGACAGCAGCCCUCACAAUUCACACAUAACAGAUUUAAGUACAAGAACAAGUCCUUAUCUUCUCAGUCCAAAACUGGGAUUGCAACCCUCUGUUGAUACUAUACAGAUCCUGGAGAUAGAUUAUUUUCCAGAGAAUUCAAAAGCAACACCAGAGGGCAGCAAACUACAAAAGAUCGACGAUGUUCAGCUGCAAGAAAUACGAGCUGCUGGGUUGCCCCUGGGCUUUACUCCCAGGUCUCCUCUUUCUGCCUGCAAUCAAUCUAUCCAACCAGUUGCUGACAGGUCUGCUGGCAGUGCUGAUAAAAUCAAAAUCAGACUUUCUGAGAAUGCAGAAGAAAAUGAGCUCAACGAAGGCUGUCAUGUACAGUAGUUCUGGACCCAGAGGACUUCAUGCAUACCCAAAAGGCUGUUUCACAUCUUAUGCAGUGUGCUUAUUACAGCAGGCACACCCAACAGGAAGCUUGGAAUUAAUCUGGGCUUCCUGAGGCAUUGGUCUCUGUGGUGCUCUUGAUAGUAAAAGAACAAAUGUAUUGCUCACAAAGCUAGUACGCAAGAAGUGCACAUCUCUUUGGCUGUUCUUCUUAGGGUCCCUGCAGCAGAUGAUCUUUUCCCACACAUCAUAGGUUAGGGAUCACUGCCCUAAUAUACUUUGCAGAGGGAAAGUGUAUGAAGGCCUGUUGAUACAUUAUGAAGAACACAGGUUGGGUCUGUACCCUACCCUGCUUUAGAUGUAACUCGAUCACAUGUGAGUUGUGGGUUCUCCUCAGUUCCUGUGGUCACAGUGCCUGAUUUUGAUCAGGACCACCAUGCACACGCAGAAGGGGUUUCUGCCUCUCCUACCCCCAUGCUGUUUUCCCGGCCUCAAACAGUCCAGAGGGGCACUCUUAGGCCUGUUGGGGAAAACCUACAAAUACAUUAGAGAAUACUUGGGUUUCCCCUCACAGCAGCCCCUUGGGACGGUUUCGGGGUGGGGAGGACGGGGA